AUGGGAGCUUUCGAAAGAUAUCCAUCACUGCGUCGGAAGUUAGCAUUAAUAAUUGGUAAUGAUGAAUACAACGAGUCAUACAAUAAACUGGAAAACGCUAAGAAGAAUGCUAACGAUCUGAGUGCUUCGCUGAAAACCAUCAAUUUUGAUGUUGAUACGCACGUUGAUUUAACUAGACUUAACUUCCACAAGCAUAUUAUUGAGUUUUCUAAGAAAAUUGAUGAUGGCGAUUUGAUCCUAUUCUAUUUUGUUGGUCAUGGGUUUCAAUUCAAUAAUAAGAACUACUUAAUACCAAGUGAUGCAGAGAUAGAAGUUGAUAAGGAUGUCGAACUCUUCGGGAUUGACGUGCAACGAACACUGGAACGAUUCUCUAGAAAGAAUCGAUCUUAUGUUACUAUAUUUAUUUUGGAUUGCUGCAGACCUUAUUUGUUGAAAAACACAGAAAAAUUAAAAAUUAUACCGAAUAUUCCACAAAAUUCACACUGGGGACUCAAUGCUUACACUGUUGCUGGUGGUCGUGGUCCUGGAUCAACACUCAAUAGACUCCACUUUCCUAAAGGUCUUUUUGUAGAUCAAAAUCAAGCUAUUUUCAUUGCUGAUAGUUCGAAUCAUCGCAUAAUUAAAUAUAAUCGACAUGCAACCAUCGGUCAAAGGCUAUCUGGUCAACGCAUAAGUGGAUAUCGAUUGGGUCAAUUGAACGGCCCUUCAAACGUAAUUUUCGAUAUAAAUUCGAAAAGUUAUAUUAUCUGCGACGAUCAUAAUCGACGAGUGUUACGAUAUUUUCGUAGAAGUAAACCUUAUGUGAUAACAAUUGCUGAAAAUAUUCAAUGCUAUGGAGUGGCGAUGGACAAUGAAGGAUCAAUUUAUGUUUCAAACGCCGAACGACAUGAAGUGAGACGAUAUGGAGCAGAUGAACCUCAUGGAGUAGUGGUAGCAGGUGGCAAUGGACAAGGUCGUCGCCUUCAACAACUCAGUCAUCCAACAUACAUUUUUGUUGAUAAAGAUCAAUCUGUGUAUGUAUCAGAUUCUUGGAAUGAUAGAGUAAUUAAAUGGAGUAAAGACGCGAAAGAAGGUGUUAUUGUUGCUGGUGGUCGAGGACAAGGAAGUAAUCGAACACAACUGAAUAAUCCAACAGGAAUCGUCGUAGAUCGAUUGGGUACAGUCUACGUAGCCGAUCAGAGAAAUAAUCGAGUGAUGCGAUGGUACGAUAGUGCAUCCUAUGGUGAUGUUAUUGCCGGUGGACUCAUUCCAGGAGAUCAUGCAAAUCAAUUGAAUAAGCCUGAAGGUUUAGCAUUUGAUCGACUUGGCAAUCUUUAUGUAGCCGAUUCUAGUAAUCAUCGAAUUCAAUUAUUUAGAAUUCUGACUAUCUAA